ACAGGGGAGAAGCCUUACAACUGCUCUCAGUGUGGAAAGAGUUUUACCCAGUUAGGGCACCUUCAAAACCAUAAGAGAACACACACAGGGGAGAAGCCUUUCCAAUGCUCCCAGUGUGGAAAGAGAUUUAUCCAGUUAGGGAACCUUCAAAACCAUAAGAGAACACACACAGGGGAGAAGCCUUACAACUGCUCUCAGUGUGGAAAGAGUUUUACCCAGUUAGGGAGCCUUCAAAACCAUAAGAGAACACACACAGGGGAGAAGCCUUACAACUGCUCUCAGUGUGGAAAGAGUUUUACCCAUUUAGGGAGCCUUCAAAACCAUAAGAGAACACACACAGGGGAGAAGCCUUACAACUGCUCUCAGUGUGGAAAGAGUUUUACCCAUUUAGGGAGCCUUCAAAACCAUAAGAGAACACACACAGGGGAGAAGCCUUACAACUGCUCUCAGUGUGGAAAGAGUUUUACCCGAUUUGGGAACCUAAAAUCGCAUGAGAAAAGACACACAGGAGAUAAGCCUUACCACUGCUCACAUUGUGAAAAGAGUUUUGCACGGUUAGGCACCCUUAAACUACAUAAAAGAAUACACACAGGGGAAAAACCAUUCCAAUGCUCUCAGUGUGGAAAUACAUUUUCCCGAUCAGGGGACCUGACAUCACAUGAGCGAAUACACACAGGGGAAAAGCCUUACCACUGUUCCCAUUGUGAAAAGAGUUUCAGCUGGUCAGGGCAACUGAAAGAGCAUGAGAGAACACACACAGGAGAGAAGCUUUUUCAAUGCUCUCAGUGUGCAAAGUGUUUUGCUCAAUUAAGGAGCCUGAAAAGUCAUGAGAGAACACACACAAGAGAAAAGCCUUUCCAAUGAUCUCAGUGUGGAAAGGGUUUUACCCGGUUAGGGUACCUGAAAACACGAGGUGACACACAAAGGAGGGUAGCCUCACCUCUGCUCCCAGUGUGGAAAGUUUUACCCAAUUAAGGGUCCUGAAAGAGCAGAAUACAUACUCUUCAUGUCACUACUCAUUUGUCAGAGGACCUGAAAUCAUAUGAGAGAAAAGAGGCUGUGUUCUGACAUUUUUGACUGAAAUAUAUUUUGAUUUGUU